GUGUGGUGCCAGGGUUCUAUACGGCCUGAGGGUUUCCAUCCCUUAGCGCCCUCAUGAUGCUGCGCUGCAAGUUUCAGGAUACACAACCUACGAUUGAAGCGGAGGUCGAUGUUUCGCGCGCGCCUGAGAUGCUAUACUGUGGUCCUAAUUCCAAGCCUCUAUCGUCAUCGCUUGCCGCAGAUGCUCUGCUCUGCCACAAAAAAAAUGUCAUCUCAUCCCUCGUCGAGGGGCCAGGUAAAGUCAGUCGACAGCCAUGUUCCUAGACCCCCCCUUGAAGCGUAUAUCUGUUUCCGGCUGCCCUGAACAUUUUGAUCUGUGAGAUCUCUGUUCGCUUCUGGUGAGCUUUUCUUUCGCGUACAGAACAUGAAAACACCAUCUGCAGACCACAUGCCGCAAACGGUUGAACCAACCUCGAGAUAACCCGUCAACGAUGACAAAGACCAAACCUCCGACAUGCAUUAUCCGCCCUGGACAGCCCUCAUUCCGGCCGCAGUCGUCCCCGAUGGCGUCUUGUUACGUUCUCGGGCAGAGUCGACAUCUACCUGUUUACCUUCAUCCCUCCUCUCGCUCGUUCCUCAGUGUGCCGUUGCCUGCAUACAAUCCUUCGUGGGAUCCAACUACCCAGGAAGUACCUGUUCUGCCACUUCAAACCUUACGUUUCUUUGCACCGAAGACAACACAUCGAGCCUCACGAUCGGAGAAGCAGGCCUACAGUGCGUGGUGUCGUUCUGCACAGGACAAGAUCAGCUUGAGAUCGGGGUAUACAACGUAUGCGCUGGUAUCUCGGGAGCACAGCCAAAGACAGCCCGUACAAUAACAGCAACCCUCCGUGGAACUUCGACAACGGCAGCUUUCUCAACGUCAUCUUCCACAAUGGAGACUCUUCCGCCUUCUAUAAGUGCUCCGACCUCUACAGAACAGGUCAGCAUGAUUGUCAUGGCUUCCCCCCCUGCGACGACAAACUCCCCGGCUUCUUCAACACUCUCUUCUAGUGUCAAUUCUCCUUCCUCGUUCGAGACCUCCCCCACCACAUCCCCCACUCCCCAGAUCACCCCUUUAAACAGUAACACGCCGGACAGAGUGGCAUCUAAACCUGUGCUCAGCACGGGGCAGAUCGUCGGCAUUGCGGUUGGGGGCGUUGCCAUCGCCUUGAUUGUGUUUGCUUUCCUCAUGCUUGUGUGCUGGAUGCGUCGAAGGCGUCGUGUCAGACGGCGUAGCCAGCGACGAUCCCGUCUGGUCGAGGCGACUCCCCCGUCAGGUUAUCAGAGCCCACCAACACAAACCACUCCCACUUUCAGCCAUGUAAGCUCAAGCUUGACCGUGCCAAUGACAAGUGCCCGGUUCUAUGCCCCACAGCAGCCAUUGGAGGAAAAGCGGCGAAGUUUUUGGCGAAGAAGCAUCCGGCCUGAAGACAUAGGUGUCGCAGUGUCUCCGAAACUUCCUGGACUGGAAUCUCCAAUGAGCGCGACUUCGCAGCAGAGUAUAUCUCGACUUUUGCCGACAGCACCAAAACGCGCUCUUUGGCCUGCCCCUCUCAACCUUGAAGCCAUGAAAGAACGUCGGACGUACUCUCAAAGGCCUUCAAGCGAUGCCACACUGCUUGACGAAGAGGCCGAAGCCAGAGUUGAGCGGUCUGAAUCGAUCAUGGUUGACAACCAGCCAUUUAUCCUUGAAAAGCCACCGCUGGUUAAAAGGCAGAGGACUGUUCCGCCGCCACUAAAGCUACCAGUCGUGCCAGAGGACCGAAGCAGAACUCCCACUCAAGCAGUGCGUAUCCCACUUACGCCGACUUAUGACAACGGGAACGUCAAUUUGAUAUCACCACCACGCAGUUUUGGAUCUCCGCCGUCAAGAGAGGCGAACUCGGGGGAGGAGCUGCAAAGAAUGACGACCCCAGUCUCGAUCCCAGAGCGCAAAUUGGCCCCUUCUUCGACCUACGCGACCAGGAACGUGUGGAAGUCACCUCCCACCAGACUAUCUCAGGAACCGUACAUGAUGUCUUCGCGGCUUGCACCAGCCGUAAUCGUCCCAAUUGAGAGGCAAAGCUCUAUUAGUUCCAACUUCACCGAAAUUGAUGAGGACACCACUCCAGAAGAGAUGAAUAGACAAAUUGGGCUGAGAGCAAACCCGCCAACGCCCUCAGCUGCCAUAGAGAGCAUAACCAAGUCAUACUCUGCUCCGGAGAGUCCAAUAAGAGACUUGAGAUACCCCUCCAUUCCUCGGUCUGCCGCCAUUUCUAGGCAAGCCGAAAACCCUGCAAGGCCUGCGCAGCUUCGAAGCCCGCCUAUGAGAUUCCGGGGUCCUACGUCGCAGAGGGAUCAGCUUGUCCGAGAGGACGCCAGCUUCAUGCAGACAGAUACAACUUCGUCUGAUGGCUAUAUGUCUGACGAUACUAUCGAAUGGCCUGUACCACCCUUGUCUUAUUCGGAGUCAAGACGGACUGCCAUGACGCCAAACAACGUCAGGCCGAGCGUUGCCCGGGGCAGAGGCACUUCCGCGAACGACAGGCGACGGCCACUUUCACAGAUGAUGAGUCCAUCGUUGAAUGAGCUGCUGGUCUCCGGAGAUAGACUGACGAAGCUUACCGUUCCUCAAAGAUCUCCUUCAAGCAAGGCCCGCCUUACACCAAGCAAGUCGAAGAGCGGAGAUCUCUACCUCACGGUCGAUUUGUAGUAGCACGUAGGCCGGAGGACCCCUGGGAUGGUGAACGGCUGACUCAAGAAUUGAAACAAAUGUAUUAGUAGCUGAGAUGAUACCACGGUUGGAUUUAUGUUUACCAUGACUACCCUGUACGAUAUUUAGCAGAACACAAAGACCCCAGGAAGAUGGAGAUGAGGUAUUCAGGCAGAUAGAUCGAGGCAGAUUGACGAUUUCGCGAUACAAUGACAGUAAGAUGUUCAAACUUGGUAACACGGUACCACCA